GUUAAACUAAAAUUUUAUAAAAAUAAAAGGGAGAUCUGGUGAUUUCUCAAUAAAUGAGAGGUAGUAAAGAAGUAGAUUUUAAAAAUAUCCAGCAGCCAAAAUCUGCUGGGGCGAGUCCUUCUUCUAAUCCAUCGCUCACUCGCGUAAAAGUUGACGAAACUCUCAAACGGAGGCGCUUAUCUUCGCCGUCGGCGAGGCUAUUUCAUUUGCUGCUGGAGAGGAUGAACGAAGUUAGUGAUCAAAAAGAAAAGCCUGAUGGACAUGAAGGAUCUGCUGCUCGAACAAGACCUACCAGCGUUGAGGAGAUUAUGGUAAGAAGGAAGAGGAAAGAGUCCUUGGAAAAUUUAGGAGCUGCUCAGUUACUGGGUAACGAUCUUGUUGGGAAGGUUUCUGACUAUCAUGAGUCUCGAAAAGGAGACUAUGAUGAAUCCAAGGAAGUGAGUCGUGAAGAAGGAGUUGAGAACAGUUUAAGAAAGAAAGAAGAUGCCAUUUCUGAUUCCAGGGAGGAAAGACAAGAUAAAUCGAGGGAAGAAGACUCUUUUGGAGCAGUUCAGUUAGUCGGUAACAAUCUUGUUGAGAAGGUUUCUGACUAUCAUGAGUCUGAAAAAUGGAAUGAUAGAUCGGAGAAACCGAGGCAUGGAGAGCUUGUUAAUGACAGUUCAAGAAAUAAAGAAGAGGCCAUUUCUAGUUCUAAAGAUGAAAAAUUAGAUAAAGAGGGCACUGUUGGAGCAGCUACGCUACUGGGUAACGAUCUUGGUGAGAAGGUUUCUGACGAUCAUGCCUCUGAAAAAGGGAAUGAUAAGUCCAAGAAAGUAAGGCAUGAAGAACGUGGCAAGGACAGCUCAAGAAAGAAAGAAGAUGCCACUUCUAGUUCUAAGAAUGAAGGACCAGAUAAACUGAGGAAAGAUGACCAUGUUGAAGCAGCUCAGUUACUGGGUAAUGAUCUUGUUGAGAAGGUUUCGGACUGUCGUGCGUCUGACAAAGAGCUUGAAAAAUCCAAGAAAGUGAGUUGUGAAAGUGUUAAGGACAGCUCAAGAAAGAAAGAAGAAGCUACUUCUAGAUCUAGGGAAGGAAGACUAGAUAAACCAAUGAAAAAGGACCCCGUUGAUAAAGUUUCUGACUACCGUGCGUCCGGAAGAGAGCAUGACAGAUCCAAGAAAUUAAGACCUGAAGAACGCGUUAAGGACAGUUCAAAAAAGAAAGAAGACACCAUUUCUAGCGCUAGAGAAGAAAAAUCGAUGAAAGACGAUCCUGUAGGAGCAGCUCAAUUACUGAGUAACGAUCUUGUUGAGCAGGUUUCUGACUAUCAUGAGUCUAGAAGAGGGUAUCAUAGAUCUGAGAAACUGAGGCGUGAAGAAGAUGAUAAGGACAGGUUAAGAAAGAAGGUGGACGCCAUUUCUAGUUGUAGAGAAGAAAAACUAGAUAAAUCAACAAAAAAGGAGGAGCCUGCUGGGCAUAGAAAACGGAAGGCAGAAGGAGAGGGUUCUAGAGCCAAAGAAAAAAUAGUGGAAGAACAUAGUAAGGAUAGACGAAUAAAGAAAGAAGAAACUAAUUCUAGUUUUAGGGAGGAAAGACCAGAUAAAAAGAUGAAGAAGGAAGACCUUAUUGCAAACAGAAAAAUAAGGGUUGAAGGAGAAUUUCCUACAACUGAAACGAAAACAAGGACAGAUAGAGAUGGGCGUGGUGUGGAUACCAGAAUGAAGGCAAACAGAGAAAGACCUUCUGAAAAGACAACUGAAAAACAGAUUCAUCCACAGGAUGCAGGCCGGGAACAAGGAAGAAAUGCUCUUGAAAAUUCAGCUGGUAGUAGGAAGCGUCUUAGAAGUCUAGUGGUGGCAGAUAUACCUCGAAAUGAAAAUAGUACGAAACCUGACAGUGGAAACAAGAGAAAGAAUCAAAAUGGAGACCAUAUGACUAAUAGGGAGAGAGAUGUGUCAAGGAGGCAUGAUCCAACAAAAGUUCACGCUGUUGAAAUUUCUGAGCGAUCGGAGAAAAGGGAACAGCCCAAAUCGGAUCGACGUGACAUGAGAGAGAGAAGGAGAUCAAGAAGUCGAGAUCAUGGUGGGCAGGAACGGCAGAAAAGGUCAUCUCCAUUACCAAAGGCUGAAAAGGCUACAUCGCGUCAUAAAAGAGGCCAUGAGGACCGCUCCGAAAAUACUGUUAAGGAUAGGGCAGGAAAGCAUCAUUUUAAUGAUAAUGAUAAGAAGUCUAGACGGUAUAGUUCUUCCAAAAGUGAACUUGGUGGAUACUCACCGCGGAAAAGAAGGGAGGAUGCCUCUGCCAAGGCUGCUUCUCCAUCUAAUCUUCCUUCAGAGAAAAAAGUUGCUAAAUGGGAUCUUCCACCUACUGUAACUUCUGGCAUGUUCUCGAACUCAGGUUUUUCUGGUCUCCAACCAGCCACUCAGACAGCAUAUCCUACCAUGAGCGAGGUUUCCUUGACGCUUUUGAAGCCACAAAUAGAGGCAUCUUUCAGGACGCCACUAGCAAGGCAGACCACUUCAAUUGAUUCUGUUCAACUGACCGAAUCCACCAGGCGUAUGAGGAGACUUUACGCAGAAAAUGUGCCAGUGUCGGCCUCUGAGAAGUCUCUGAUUGAAUGCUUCAAUGGUUAUAUGCUAUCUUCAGGCUCCAAUCACAUAAAAGGAAGCGAACCAUGUAUAAGUUGUAUUAUAAACAAAGAAAAGAGUCAGGCGCUAGUUGAGUUCCUUACACCACAGGAUGCUUCUGCUGCACUCUCCUUGGAUGGCUGCUCCUUUGCGGGUUCGAACCUCAAAAUUCGACGCCCUAAAGACUAUGUCGAGACAACAAGCGGUGAAUUGGAGAAAAAGGAGCCAGCCACAAAUGCACUAAGUGACAAUGUGGAGGACUCAUCGAACAAGAUCUUUAUUGGUGGAUUUCCAAAAGCAAUUUCAUCCGAAAUGCUAAAGGAGAUUGUCGGUGUCUUUGGACCUUUAAAAGCAUACCGGUUCGUGAUCAACAAUGAUCUCAAUCAGCGAUGCGCUUUCCUAGAGUACAUUGAUGGAUCUGUUACCCCCAAAGCUUGUGCCAGCCUUAAUGGUAUGAAGUUGGGUGGCAGUGUAAUAACUGCCGUUUGUGCACUUCCUGAUUCGUCAUCUGUAGCGUCUGAUGAGAAUCCACCAUUCUAUGGGAUACCUGAGCAUGCAAAACCACUUCUUCGCAAACCUAAGCAUAUCCUAAAGCUUAAGAACUUGGUUGACCCAGAAGAUCUGCCAUCGCUGUCUGUGCCAGAAAUGAAAGAAAUUCUGGAGGAUGUACGGCUCGAAUGUGCCAGGUUUGGUGUUAUUAAGUCGAUAAACAUCGUGAAACAUGAGAGCAAAGAUAUUAGUGUCUCCAUCACAGAUGCAUCGUUGAACCAAGAAUCUAAAGAAAUGAAUAUGUCAGUGAUUCAGGAGAAAGACGAGAUAUCCGAGAAAGUGGAUGACACUGCAGAUAAUGUAGAUUCUGGAGAAGUUGUCAGGUCAGACGGUUCGACGGGUGCAGACAAGUUAUGUGAACCGUGCUCAGUUACUGCGCUUGAGACAAUUAGUCAAGCAAAUAAAGAUCAUGACUCUACUGAACAAGGAAAUUCUGAGAAGCUUGUCGGGGAAAGUGAGGCAGCGAUUCCGCAAGAAGAAGUAGGAUCAGCUCGUGCUCAAGACGACGCAGAGAUUCCACAAGAAGAAGUAGGAUCAGGCCGUGCUCAAGAUGAGCCAGAGAUUCCACAAGAAGAAAUAGGAUCAGCCCGUGCACAAGACGAGCCAGAGAAUCCGCAAGAAGUAGGACCAGCACGUGCUGUCAAGACAAGAUGGGAUAGUGGCGACAAGAUAGAGGAAGAACAAGACCCGGAGGAAGUCUUUGAGCCGGGAUGUAUCUUCAUUGAGUACGGAAGACCAGAAGCCACACGCGUUGCAGCUCAUUCCUUGCACGGACGGCUCUACGACAACAAAAUUGUGAAAGCGGAAUACGUUUCUAAAGAGCUUUACAAAAUCAGGUUCCCAAGUGGGUAGAUAAAGAAUCCUUCCCACAAGAAAAUGACUAGUAAUCAAUCUGAUUCUUCUUUAUUUUGGCAACAUUUAUACCGUUUCAAACCGGGGUCAGAGACACUUACCGUUUGAAUUUCUUAACUCUUAUUGUGUCACCAACUUUAGAGUUAUUUUAAAGCAUAUAAAAAUUGAAAACACUUGAAGAUU